CUUGUUGAUGCUGAUGACUGGGAAGGGUCUUGUCCGAAAUGUGGCGUGCCUUGGGACCCGAACGAUUCUGGGCAACUGAUAGGCUGCGACCAGGUUGGUUGUUGUGACGAGUGGUACCAUAUGGCAUGUGUUGGUUUGAUAUCAGCACCGGAGGGGAAAUG